AUGCCGAAAGUGAAAAGGAGCCGGAAACCACCUCCAGAUGGAUGGGAACUUAUUGAGCCUACUUUGGACGAGUUGGAUCAGAAAAUGAGAGAAGCUGAGACGGACCCACACGAAGGUAAACGAAAGGUGGAAGCGCUUUGGCCGAUCUUCAGACUGCAUCAUCAGCGGAGUCGGUACAUCUACGACCUGUUCUACAAAAGAAAAGCAAUUAGCAGAGAAUUGUAUGAUUACUGCAUUAAAGAAGGCUAUGCUGAUAAGAAUCUGAUUGCCAAGUGGAAAAAGCAGGGGUAUGAGAACCUCUGUUGCCUGCGCUGCAUCCAAACAAGAGACACCAACUUUGGAACGAACUGCAUCUGUCGUGUGCCCAAGAGCAAACUAGAAGUUGGAAGGAUAAUUGAAUGCACUCACUGUGGUUGCAGAGGAUGUUCUGGUUAA